CUUUGAACUCCGCAGUGAAAUUUGUUCCAGUGUCUCAACCAGUUAACUACAAUCCUUAACAAAUGAUCUAACUCACUCCCUACGCGUGAUACCUGGGGAAGAAUUGCUUACUGAAAAAGCCUAGGGAGAACCACCCCCGUAGCUUGAGAAGAGCAUAUCACAGUGGCAACAGCUCUGUCACCGCAUGUGGUACGAACAACUCCAAGAUUCAGUACAGCUAUAUAUUGCCGAUCCAGAUCACUUCACUCUUCAAGUAUUCGGAACAAUUACACGCAGCUCCAUCGAUACUUAACCUAUGGCUUCCGUGACCCCCUCCCCCACCAUCCUCGUACCCCACCUCCCACCGAAGACGUUGGUUGGCAUCGACCUCAUUACCUUCACAUCAACGCCGAAUUUCCAUGGAAUCCGCGAUUUACCAACCGGAUGGCAUUUUCUCUACACAGGAGCAACAGAAAGUUUGUCGCUGAGAAGUGGCGGAUGGUUUUACGUCGGCGAUAUCAGCGCAGCCGGAUCCACGAAUGAUGGUGCUCUGAUCCCAGCCCCGCGAGGGAGUCUGGGACCCGAUGUUAUCGUAUGGAAAUGGGAUACAGACACCGAGACGCUGGCUCCUCUACGUGCAAGCGAUGAUGCAGAUAAGCAGGAGGCAAUGCGCCACAAGGCGAACUUGGCUGCUGUUUGGCAAAGUGGAGGAUUAUUCCGCUUCCGCAGUCGCGUACCGCCCUCAUCUGAGGGUCGGACUCAGUCGCGGGAUGUUGACGAUGAUGAGAAUGAAGAGGAAGGUCGACAAGAUUGGGAGGGCCUUACGAACCGGCUGUCUCCUAGGCUUUUAAAGCGCAUUAUUGGGAGCCCCGAGAUAGAUGUCGAUGGUCGGCCUCGAUGGAUGGUUACUUCAGCGAGCACAGCGCAGAAGGAUAACGAGAGUAUACCCGGUAUUCCUGAACCAGGCCAGGACUCUAGUAGACUAGCGGAUGUCAUUGGGGAGCAAGAGAGCGAGUUUUCUUUCCUUCAUAUUGAUCUUAAGAGGACCUGGAGGGAAGGCGCUAUUGGACGUGAAAGGACAGAGGCUGCCCAGGACCGGUCGUGGGCGCUAGGGGAUCUCAUACAGCAGGUUUCCAAUGCAGAUCAGGAAAAGAGCGAGGUUGAUGAGCAGCUUGGGGAGGCACAGAUCCUGGGUGAAUUACAGUUUACCUUCUUGAUGGUCUUGACGUUGAUGAAUUUCUCGUGUCUUCAGCAGUGGAAGAGGCUGCUGGGUUUAAUACUUACGUGUCAAAGAGCCAUAAAAGAGAGAGAGCAGUUCAUAAGUAACGUGCUACGGUUACUCUUGAUACAGCUUCGGCGAUGCGAUGAUAUUGAAGGAGGGUUCUUUGAUCUCGACGGGGAAGAAGGAGGGGAGUUUUUACGAAAGCUGCUUAUGAAAUUCAGAACAUCACUCUAUGAGGUCAUCGAGGAUGCUGGGACUUUGGUCAAGGAAGAUUUUAAGGAACUGGAAACUUGGGUGACAACUGAAUACGAUUGGGAGCUCAAUCAUGGGGCUUUUGUACGGCGAGGCAUGCUUCAGCUGGAGGAUGGAGAACAGGUUGAAAUGGACAUGCCUGAUGAUGAAGACGAUGAGAUGGGAGAGUACGCCCCUGUUGUGGUAGAUCUGGGCGAAGGCAACGCCCUGUAGGAUGUGCAAAUAUAUUGGAAUAUGUUGAUAAAAAAGAUUCCCUCAAUAUUGGCAAAGCUAAAUUGAAUCAAAG